UCACUGACAUCACUUCCUCCGCGCCAAAAGCAACAUGGCGGCCGUCAGUCCGUCAGACUCGGGGACUUCUCUGCCCCGGGACGUUGUCAUCAAGACCGAGCCGGCGGACGAGAGAGAGCUGCUCCUCGGAGUCGUCACGGAGGGCCCCGUGCCGGUGAAGCGGGACCCGGUGGUGUCGCUCACGUCCCCGGUGAGCGGGCUGCAGCCGCUCGCCUGGUCGCAGGACCACCGCCUGGCCGUGUGCACCACCACCUCCUUGUCGCUGAUGGAGCUCGUGUGCGACGUCCACAGCAACAAGCAGGAGCUGGUGCUGCACAGGACCUCCAUCCCCGUGCCCGCAGACGUCUGCAGACUACGGGUGGGGUCAGCAGCGGAGCAAACCCAAAUGAUGGAGACGUUCAGCACUCAUCCGGACGCCACUGUAAGGCAAGUGUUUCUGGCCGACAAAGCAAUGAACCCAUCGCUGGCAGUGAAGGGAAUAAAGUACGGCAGCUGGUCUCCGUUAGGUUGCGACUCCGGUGGACGUUGUUUGCUUGCGUGCCUGACGCUCGACCACCGGCUCACCAUCCACAACAGCCACAAGCAUCUCGAGUGGAACAUGCUGGUGGAUCUCACCAGAAAGUACAGCGAGCGGCUAAAGGGGCGGGGCUAUGCCAAGAAAGACAACAAGCAGCCGCAGGCGAACCUCGCAGACUUUGAGGAGGUGCAGCGGCGCUUCUGCAUGCAGACGCCUCUGAGGAUGGAGUGGUCGAGCGUUUACACAACCAAACAGGUUCAGCCGGACAACACGGGCACCGACGUGGAGAUGGUCCUGCUGGCGGUGCUCAUGGAAAACGGUGACCUUGUUUUGUGGAAGUUUGAGUUGCCGUUUUCGAACGGGGCAGAUGUGGUGUUCUACGACAUCAUCGAAUCGGGUGUGACCAGGCCCAGUGACUUGGCGUGGUGGGAGUACGAGAGCGCCGACCGGCGGAUGAGCGGCCUGAUCGUCGGCAGCGAGGUGGGACCCGUGAAGAUCGUGCCGGUCAGCCUGUCGGGGGUGAAGGGCUACUUCACCCUGCGGCACCCCGUCAUCCUUUGGAAGGACUGCGAUGAGAUAGCCGUGGAGAACAUCAAAUGCGUCCCGAUGAUCCACCCGAUCCAUAAAUCCAGCUGCAGCCUCAUCGUGGCCUCGCGCGGCUGCUACGUCUUCUGGUGUCUGCUGAUGAUUUCGCCGGCCGGACUGAACGUACACAACUCUCACGUGGCGGGGCUCCACUCGCUACCCGUGGUCUCGCUGGCGGUCAGUCGACAGGGCGUCGCAGUGUACACGUGCUCCAUCGACGGGUGGAUAAAGAAGUUGACGCCGACAUUCACUGAGAACACUUUGAUUUUCAAACAAGAGGACAUGCCGCAUCUCGAAAACCUGACAGGGCGGCGGAUACACGGGAUCGCAGUGAGCCGCAACGGAGCGUAUAUCGGGAUGGUCAGCACGCAGGGUAUCGUGGACGGCUGCCAUCCGAUAAACAGGACCUACCAGGUUCACUUCGUGAGCCUGAAGACGCCAGAGACCGCAGCGGCGCUGCUGCUCAAGUCUCCAGCGCAGAACUUGUACAAAAUGGCGGACGUGCUCGACAUCCUGCGGUGUGACAUUUUAAAAACCAAGUGCAUCCCGGCGUCACUGCAGGAGGAGCUCGACCAGCGGAUCCAGGAGGCGAACUCGCCCUACCUGUGGCGCUUCAAGCUCUUCUUGGUGCGCGUGCUUUACCAGUCGCUGCAGUCACCGCCCACCUCGUAUCGCUGGAAACCAACACACGGGGGGACCAAGGUGUUGAUACAGGACGUGGAGGAAGAGGAGGAGGACGGAGUGGACGACAACGAAGAGGACGUCGAGUCCGGUGGAGUGAAGCUGGAGAAGGAGGACAAUCGGGAGGAGCAGAUGGCCGAGGUGCAGGCCUGGAUCAGUUCUGUAGAGACUCACCUGAUGAGGGAGAACAUGAAGAAGGUGCUGGGCGUGGUCUACCUCAACACCUGGAUCACUCAGAACACCAGUAUACCCACCUGUGGCCUGGUGGACUACCUCGCCAAGGACUCGAACGACAGAGCGUCAGAGGUCCUGAUUGGCCACAUCAAGAAGAAGAUGAACAAGCAGACGUUCCCCGAGCGCUGCAGCCUGUGUCAGGACGUGCUGCCCUUCACGGAACACAAACAGGCGAUCUGUAAAAAUGGUCACAUGUGGCUCAGGUGUGUGUUGUCAUACCAGGCCUGCCAGACGCUGACGUUCAGACGAUGCCUCCUGCUGGAUAGCAUCGCCAGACUGCCAAAGCCUGAGGAUCCAGAGUGGAUAAAGAAGAUUCUGCAGGCGCCCUGCACACUCUGCGACUCGCCGAUGGUCUAGAGCUGAACCGUCGCCACAACCUCAGACCUCAGGGCUUGACCCCCCCCCCCCCCCCCCCCCCACCACCACCACACACACACACACACACACACACACACACACACACAACACACACCACACACCACACACACACACAGACGCAGGGUCCAAUUUUGUCACCAAUUACUGCUACAGUUUUGUUCACCUUUUUAUUACUUUAUUUUGGUAUCUUAAAAGUGCAAAUAAAAGGAUUUGAUUAUA